GAUGGCGCUACCCGCCGUUCAAUUCAACGAGUAACAUUCAAUUUUAUUAGCUAUUCAUCUACUGCAACGUUGGUAUCGCUAGAUCAGGCUGGAUUUCAAUUCAAUGGAGAAAUGGAAAAAAUUAUCAUGUACGUCGCGCGACGUCCUGGUACGUCGUCUCGUCCCUCUCCUCUGAUCGCACUCAAGACCAGCGCUGUUUCAAAAUGUCAUCCGUGAAAGUGCCAAGCAUGCAUGCCCCCAAAAUCGUGAACAAUCUAUCGGCGGGUCAUUUGCUCUGAUUAUGCGUUCGCUCCGCGCGAUCGGCGAGCAGCUGUGAACGCGUUGGCGCUUGCUUGUUCACGUCGUACUCCACCGACCCGGCGAUGGAGGCCCUGCUGUGCUUCGUGGUGGCCACGCUGGUGUUCCUGCUCCUGUUCGACUACUACUGCCAUCAGCAGGAGAGCCAGGAGCGGGCGCCCGUGCGCUCGGCCAGCUGCGACGACGCACCGCCCGUCAAGACGAGUCGCUACUACUCGACCAGCCUCUUCGCCAUCCUUGGACUGUCUCGCGAGGAAGUGUACGACUUCGCCGCCUUCAGGGACCGAUUCCACACCUUUUCGGAAGUGAGCACGGCCAUGCGCAGGGCAGGGCUGCCGGACAUCCACGUCAUUGUGGGCAUCGACUUCUCGGCCAGCAACGAGUGGCAGGGGCGCAAGACAUUCCGCGGCGAGAGUUUGCAUGCGCUGAAAGGGAGCAACCCCCACAACCCGUACCAGCGGGCCCUGGCCUCCCUGGGGGCCGUGCUGACCCCCCUGCUGCACGGAAACCCCAUUCCGGCCUUCGGCUUCGGCGACUCCGCCACCAAGGACACGGCAGUUUUCCCGCUCAUCGAGUCUGGCACGCCCUGUCUGGACUUCAACGACCUUAUGUGUGCCUACACGCACACGGCACAAAAGGUGCAGCUGAGCGGACCUACCAGCCUGGCCCCACUGCUCCAGAAGGCUCAGGAGAUUGCCGCCCACAGCCGCGAGUUUCACGUGGUCCUGGUGCUCACGGACGGGCAGCUGGACCCUGCCGGGGAGGCCUCCUCCCGCCGGGCUGUUGUCUCCUGCUCCCAGCUGCCGCUCUCCCUCGUGCUGCUCGCCCUCGGGGACGGCCCCUGGCCCGCGCUGCAGCGUUGGGAUGACGAGCUGCCCGAGCGGCGCUUCGACAACCUCCAGCUUGUGCGCCACGCCGAGGUGACGCGGGGCUGCCGCAACCCUGAUGCGGCGCUCGCGCUCCACGCCCUUAUGGAGGUGCCUGACCAGUAUCGCGCGGCCGUGCAGCUGGGACUACUCAAGUCUUGAUUCGGCACGGCUAAAGCCCCUUGACGCACUUGCGUUUGUCUCGCGAGUAGCAGUGCACCGGGCCCAUGCCACUCUCGUGCGGCACUGUGAAGGAAAUGGCGGCUAGGCACCAAAACGAGCGACUCUUGGAAAUGAAUGGUGGCGGAGCACUCGCGCUCCCGUGGCCCAUUUAUUGACCCUUCCCAUAACGAUGGUUUACAGUACUUGUAAGGAACGCCAAGCGUGAAUUUUACCGAGGAGCUUUAAGUCUGGCAGCCAGAUGAUGGCCAGUUCAAUGAAUUCGAGGCAAAGCGCUGGCCUAUGGAUCCCCAGGUGGCAGGUUCAAAUCCCACCCGAAGUGCCCGCAAUCUGACGGGGUCUUACUGCAGAGAAGGCAACGGGUAACUGAGAUUUCGGUUGUACGUCAAAAUAUCCUUCGGACCUCUGCUGGAGCGUGCCAGGUGCCCUUCGUCGAUUCGACACAAACAAACCCUCAAAUUUGACUUUUGGCCGGACGGCCUCCUCCAGAGAUCGCGGAAACGCGCCUUGUGCCGUCCAGGAUGUCGCCGACUGUUGUCUGCUUUUGGGGUGCAUACGCAAGGUUACAUUUCUGCCCCGUGGUUUUCUUCUCUACUGUUGUAAGGUCAGUAGAGAUUUGGUUGCUUCCUUGAAUCUCGUGGCCAUUAACUUAUUACUUGAGAUUAGUAUGCGAUUGCUGCACCCGGUUUGCCUACCUGAGUCUGCUUUUGUCACAAAUUGCUCAUCCGGUUACAUUUUUUGUCACAAAUCGCGCGUCUGGUUGGUCGAGAGGCCGUCUGGACGGUGCCUCGUCUGACAACGAGCACAGUGUCUUUGUUUACGUAGCGAACCGACAAAGACCAGUUUUUCCCGUUUUGGGGUUGCACCGGGACUGUUGCCUGCUUUUGUGGUGUGCCGAAUUUCCAUUUCAUGCUUCCUUGCAGUGGUCCUCUCCUUGACUUCCGGCUAGUCUUACUUCAAGCACUUUCCAGAGUCGCACCCCAGCUUUGGGCGGUGCUUUACGAGUUUCUGUCGGGCACGACUCGACAAACGAGCGUAAAGGGUUGUGAACGAAAUCAAAGAAUCUCAUCAACCAUUUUUCAGGUUUGGCAGCUGAUAUCUGCUUCUGCACUACCUUACCUUUCUGGUCACCGUUGGCCAGCACACACCCUGAAUACCGUCGUAGGAGAUGAGACGCCAAGGCGGCCUCGAUUGUGGGUGGGGGAUCGCGCAGCUUUUUGCCGUUGGAAUAUAAAACUCGGCACUAGCGAAGACUAUUUGCAAGUAGCUCAAUUACUUACCUUUUUUGCCUUAGAGCUAUUUUACACUCCUUGCACACCAACACGCGGCCCUGACGUCACGCCACUGCGGUGGCACUGCUGUUGGCAGGGCGCAUGCGCAGAUGCUUCACUUCACGCGAAUCUGGUUCCUGCGCACGCACAGUGCCCACACAUCGUGCGGAAACUCCACGUUUCCCACACUUCGGGGGGGCUUGUUUGUAAGCAGCGCAUUGGCCUAUAAAAUGGCUUUGCCUGGCCGGUUACAGCGGCAUAUGCUGUGGGAUACGAUGGUAGUGUGGCAUGUCAGCCAAUUGUAACGCUACCUGGUUAUUAUGCCCACCUCUCGGCAGCUCAAUUCACAAACUUAAUGAUGCACAGUCACAGCUCCAUUCUGUUUGCCUGGGAACUGACCUGACCACAGUCCUCUAGAAAAGAAAUUUAAGCACCAUACUCGAUGGGCCGGCUGCUUACGCUGCCAUCCAUAGGUUCUUUUCAGAGCCGUGAAAGUGAGCUCUUAAAUAAGAAUGAGGUUACAGUUCCUGGAGCUGAACUGUAAUUAAAGUUAGCAAAGUUUUUCCAUUCCUGCAAAUGUAUCUAGUUACAGUCACUUAAUUAUAAAAAGUAAAACAACAUUCCAAUUACUACUUUUUUUAAAAUCUGUGCUGUGACUGCUGACCAAUGUUUCUAUCUCCAAGAUAUGUCGGCACACUUCAGUCUUGAUUUGACACUUUGCUUAUGGCAGAGACAGCAACAACAUGCAAAGUCACAAUGCUGAGGUUAUUUGAACAGUAUUAGCGCACACGUAUGGAGAAGAGAGAAGAGACAGGAAAGAGCGCUGAGGUUAACUCGUGAAUCUGCGUUUCUUAUCAAUGCAAUGUUCCGAGAGGUAACUGCAAAAAAACCGAGGUACAGCCGCAGUUGGUGACCUGAAUACUUAUUAUUUAACUAUUUUAUAGCGCGGGAUCUUUACGCCUGUCUCGACGACUUCUGCCCCAUGGCAUGCAAUGCUUCGUAUGGGACAGAAACUUUUCCAGCCGAGACUCAAUCUUCGCCCAUUCCACCUUCUCCUCAAGUGAUAAACAUUGCCACGACAAAGACGGGACUAAAGCGGGCAAACACCGUGCAUUCUGUUAUUUUGUCACCUGUAGUGGUAGCCCCACCACAACUUGCCAUUCCCAGCAGUGCUAAUUGCAGGGACAAUGUUUCAAUCAUUGCUUGAUGGCAUCCAGAUGGCAUCAACUCACGUGAAAAAGAUGGCACACUCAAUAACAAGGCAAGGCUCCAUAAAUAGCCGAUUGGGUUGAAUAACAUGAUGUCUUGUAGGUUCUGCUGCACAAGUACACAGGAGAAUGCCUCGUGCCAUGUUUUCCACGUAGAAACAAUCGAGAUGCCCCUACAGGAGGAUUUUCCGAAGGGAUAUGCUGUUAACAAAAACGGCACGAGCCAAGUCUGCUUGUUGCAUGCAAUUAUUUCCACUGAAAAUCGACUGCUUUAUCUAGUGAUUUCAUUCUCAGAAAGUUCAUAUUUCUUUGCCCUAACCACUUGGUUAAAUGGCAUAUGGAUAGUGGCUGCCACAGCAGAGCCACAGCUCAUUCUAGUCAAUUAUUGACAUCUUUUUUAAAUCGCUUUCUUAGUGGACUACAGGGCUGCACUGUUAGCUAUUACAAGAAAUGUCUAUUUACAAUAAUAAAGAAAUUUUG